AUGGAUGAGGCAUUAAAAAUAUAUUACAUACUUUCAAGAUUAUCCGAGAACACUUCAUCAAAAUUAAAUAAUAAUAAUGAUAAUAAUAAUAUUAUAGUUUUAAUUAAUAAUCAAAAUUCAACAGGAUUCUUUUAUAUGGGUGUUACUUUUUAUGAAAAUGGUGAUAGUAAAAUGGCUUUAGAAAGUUAUAAAAGAGCAUUAGAAUUAAAUCCGAUUUAUCCAGAGGCUUUGUGUAAUGUUGGUGUAAUAUAUAAGAAUUUAGGCGAAAUACUACCUGCAAUAGAAUAUUAUCAACGUGCUCUACAAUUUAAUCCAAACUAUUUACUGGUAAAGAAUAAUCUAGCUAUAGCAUAUAAUGACCUGGGAACUCAGACUAAAAUGAAAGGGGAUUUGGUUCAAUCCAAACGAUACUAUAAGAAAUCAUUGUUUUACAAUAGCAAACAUGCUGAAACUUACUAUAACCUGGGAGUUUUAAAUAGUGAACAAAGAAAAAUUGAAAAAGCAAUUGUCAACUAUGAGCUAGCUAUUCAUUUUAAUUCGAAUUACACAGAAGCUUUAAACAAUUUAGGUGUUAUAUAUAAAGAUCUUGACAACAUUGAACAAUCAAUACACUAUUAUCAAAUGGCACUUAAAUCAAACCCCAAGUUUUCACAAAGCCUAAACAACUUAGCUGUAAUAUUCACAAUGCAAGGUAAAAUGAAAGAAGCAAAGCAACAAAUUAAACUUGCAGUUAAAGAAUGCCCAAGUUAUGCUGAAGCCUAUAAUAACUUGGGUGUAAUCUACAGAGAUAUUGGAAAAAUGGAUCAUUCAAUUAAAUCUUAUGAAGCAUGUAUUCAACUUUCACCUCACUCUUUAAAUGCGCAUCAUAAUAAACUAUUGGCUUUAAAUUAUUCCACUAAAUUUUCAAAUAAUGAAAUUUUUAAUUUUCAUCAACAAUGGGGAAAGCAAUAUAUUGAAAUUACAAGAAUAAAAUUAUUAAAUCAUUUACAGCAGCAACAACAAAUACAUCAGCAGCAUCAGCAUCAGCAUCAACAACAGCAACUAUUACAAAAAUCACUAUUUAAAAAAGAAAAGCUAACAAUUGGAUAUAUAUCAGGUGACUUUUUUACCCAUUCAGUUAGUUAUUUUAUUGAAGGAAUACUGCAUUGCCAUGAUAAAGAGAACUUUAAAAUUAUUUGCUAUUCAAAUGUAUCAAAAGAAGACAAAACAACUGAAAGAUUGAAAUCAUACAAUCACGAGUGGAGACAUAUAACUGGCCUAUCAGCAUUUGAUGUUUAUGAUAUAAUUAAAAGAGACAAUGUAGAUAUACUAGUAGAGCUAUCAGGUCAUACAUGUGGUAAUAGAAUGGAUGUAAUGGUUCUACAACCUGCCCCUAUCCAAAUUUCAUAUAUAGGUUAUCCAAAUACAACUGGUUUAGAAACUAUACAAUAUAGACUUACAGAUCCUAUUGUUGAUCCAUUAGACACCAAACAACUCUUUACUGAAUCUCUUGUUAGGUUACCACAUAGUUUUCUUUGUUACUAUCACUCUGGAAAUCUUUUACCAAUAGGAAACGAUUAUGUAACACCACUACCAGUUCUAACUAAUGGCUACAUAACAUUUGGUUCUUUUAAUAUCAUGGCAAAAUAUAGUGAUAAAUGCUUAAAUAAUUGGCGAAUUAUUUUAGAGAAAUCCCCACCAUCAACAAGACUUUUAUUAAAGAGUAAACCAUUUGUUUGUGAAAAAACUAAGCAAUCAUUUCUUAAAAAAUUAGCGAAAAUGGGCUUCAACACAAGCCAAAUAGAUUUAAUUGGUUUAUUUCCUCAACAAAAAGAUCAUUUACAAUACUAUAAAAUGAUGGAUAUAAGUUUAGAUACGUUCCCAUAUGCCGGCACUACCACUACUUGCGAAGCCUUAUGGAUGGGUGUACCUGUUGUAACCCUAUAUUCCCCAAAUUGUCAUAGUCAUAAUGUUGGAAAAUCAAUUUUAACCAAUUUAGACAUACCAUCUCUAAUUGCUCAUUCAGAAUCCGAAUAUGUAGAUAUAGCAUUAUCUCUAUCCAAAGAUAUCGAUAGAUUAAUAACAUUUAGAAAAAACCUUAGAAUAAUAAUGAUAAACUCCCCAUUAUGCGACAGUAUAAACUUUACUAAAAAUUUAGAGUUAAAAUAUAAA